UUCAGUUACACUUGAAUUUUGUUGGAUAAAAUAACAAUGAAUUUAUUUUACUUAUUGUUUGCUGUGUUCAUACCGGCCGUUGUUUCAAUUAUUGAUGGUGAAUUGGUAACGAACAUCGAAAAAUAUAAGCACAUGGUUAGAAUUCAAUACCAUAAAACACCAAAAAUAAGCCGUUAUAUAUGUGGGGCAACUGUACUUUCAAAAAAUCUUAUUGCAACGGCGGCGCAUUGUGUACAUAAAAAAAUGUUAUUUACAUUGAUUUUUGGUACGACAAAUUUAGACAAGCCAUAUCACACAGUGAAUGUCACCGACCUAGAUAUUGUCAUACAUCCAGAGUACGCGGGCGGCGCACCGUCAUACAGACAUGACAUAGCGAUGAUUGAACUAAAGGAAAAUUUAACAUUCGAUUCAAACAUUGGUCAAGCAGAACUGGCCGGAAAAAAUUAUGUUCUAAAGACCGGAGAUACGGUUACGAUGCUUGGAUACACAGAAGCUACUCAUCCAACUCGACAAAUUAUAGACAGAACACAUUUACGUUCGGUUAGCUCAAGGGUUGAGGACUUUCAAAAUUGUCGAAAUAGCUAUUCUAAAAGAAUGAAAGGUCUUUUAUUGGAUCAACAGCAAUUUUGUGUUAGCUUGCGAGGCAAAAAAAAGCAUAACACGAACCACGGAGAUUCUGGAGGGCCGAUUUUGACGAAAGAUGGAAAACUGAUCGGCACUGCCAGUUUCAAUUUUGAUGGUCUUCCGGAAGUUUAUGUUUUCGUAAAU